AUGGGACUAUCUCGCCCCUACCUCCUCCUCUACAACGCCGUCUCCCUCACCCUCUGGGCAACAUGCACGAUCCGAGGCUUCUCGCAGCUCUUCUUCUCUCCGAAUACCAUCCCCCAAAUCUUCACGAACGUCUACCCCCUCCUCCUAACAACCCAAUCCCUCGCUCUACUGGAGAUCAUCCACAGUCUACUCCGUCUCGUCCGCGCACCGGUCCUCACCACCGCUAUGCAGGUCGCUAGUCGCAUUCUUCUCGUUUGGGGGAUCAUGUAUCCGUUCCAGGGUGUGAUUGUGGGGGAGAAAAGUCAGGAGGUUGUUGGGCUGGGUGAUUACGCCUUCUUGGGGUGUUUGGGCGCGUGGGGUGUGACGGAGUGUAUUCGCUAUGGGUUCUUUGCCCUGCAGUUGUCGGGGGUUGGGGUGCCGGGGUGGUGGGCUUGGUUGAGGUAUAACACCUUCUAUGUGCUUUAUCCUCUUGGUAUCUCCAGUGAGUGUCUUAUGGUGUACAAGGCGUUGGGGCCUGCCGGGGAGUUGGUGAGUCCGCUUUAUAGGUGGUUUUUGAUUGCUGUGUUGGGGAUUUAUGUUCCUGGGUCGUAUAUUUUGUAUACGCAUAUGAUUAAGCAGAGACGCAAGGCGAUGAGCAAGAAAUAG